AUGCUACAGGUGUUUCGCCGCAAGUCGUAUUGGAUUGUGAUCGCGCUGGGGUUGCUGCAGUUUCUGAUUUACUGGGCGCUGAUUUACGCCGUGAACCAGGUGAACUUCCCCAAGCGGAUACAAGGCGACAUCCUCGACUUCAUGGGCUUCGGCUCGACCACCAGCGGCGACGGGAACGGUUACAUCCGUUUUAUGCGGCAGCAGAGCGUGAUCGUGAUGAUCUUGCUGGCGUUUGCCGGCAGCUUGCUGGUGGGAACCGACUUCCGCAUGAACUCGUUGCCGUUCUACCUAUCGCGGCGGAUCGACCGUCGACACUAUAUCGUGGGCAAGCUGCUGGCCGUGAGCGCCAUCGUCACACUGAUGACCACUGUGCCGGCCUUGCUGCUGUUUUUCGAAUACGGAUUCCUUACCGCGUCGGUCGAUUAUUGGGUGGACAACUGGGAGAUUCCGGUCUCGGUGAUUGUGUACGGGCUGGUGAUUUGCGCCGUGCUGAGCACAUUAAUCGUCACGCUGUCGGCUUACUUGCAGCGUGUGGCACCGAUCGCCAUCACGUGGUCGAGUGUGUUCGUAUUGUUGGGCAGCAUGUCGCAGUUUCUUCGCUCGGGCGAUGGUAGUCAUUACUGGGGACUAAUCGAUCCCUGGCGAGAUAUGCGUUACGUGGGGCGAUUGUGUUUCGGCGACUUCGAUAAUGCGCAACAGGAAGACUUCGCCUGGUGGGCAUUGCUGGUCUUGGUGGCCGUAUGCACGCUGGCGAUGGCUGCGUUGGUGCAUCGUGUACGCCAGACAUUCAUGUUUCUGUCGUUCGACCAUGUGACGAAGCUCUAUGGCCCCGUUGUUGGGGUGAACGACAUUAGUUGUCGGGUGGGGCCGGGGAUCACCGGGUUGCUGGGAGCCAACGGGGCUGGGAAGUCGACGAUGAUGAAGCUGGCCAGCGGACAGCUUCGUCCCACCUCGGGCACAGUGACACUCGAUAGCCACAAUGCCUGGUCGGGAGCCGCGAAACGUUGCUUCGGGUUCAGCCCUGAUAUCAACAGCUUCUACGAAGAGAUGACCGGCCGGGAGUUCGUGUAUGCGAUGACCCGGCUCUAUGGGUUUUCUGCCCGAGAGUCGCGCGAGCGGACGGAACGGGCGCUGGAAGAAGUUGGCAUGAGCGAUCGGGCCGACCGCCACAUUGCCGGGUGCAGUCAUGGUAUGCGGCAACGCAUCAAGCUGGCCCAGGCUUUGGUGAAUAAUCCGCCGAUUCUGCUGUUAGACGAACCGAUGACUGGGAUCGACCCUGGGGGGCGGCGCGAGAUUGGCGAGUUGCUCAUCCAACAGGCCGAACAGGGCAAAACGAUUUUGGUAUCGAGCCACAUUCUGGUCGAGGUUGAAAGCCUGGCCGAUUCAAUUCUGAUGAUCGCCCGGGGGCGAAUCGUGGCCUCAGGCACGUUGUCUGAUGUGCGGAACCUGAUCGACGACCAACCGUUCACGGUGCAGAUUGUGGUGGAACCUCCGCGGCGGAUGGCGGCCUUGUUGCUGGAGUUCGAAGAGGUGCACUCGGUCGAGGUGCGGGGCGAUACGCUUACUGUGCGAACGCAACAGCCGGCGCAGUUCUUCGCCCGAGUUGGCGAGUUGGUGAUGCAAGAAGGGGACGUCAUGAAUCUGUGGCGAGCAUUCUCGACGCUGGUCAUGUUGUCGUUCCGGCGACUGCUGUGGUCGGCCUCCACGCUCAUGGUCUCCUUCCCCCUGCUCGGGUGUGCGCUGUUCUUAGUGCGACGUCGCUACACGUUUGGCUACGAGGGUGCGGAAUUCCGCAACGAGCAGAUCGCGUUCGGACACUUCAGCGAAGAGCUGGUGCUGCUGAUCUUUGUGUCGUUCAUCAUGCCGAUCUGUGCGCUGGCCUACGCGACGACCAGUGUUGGGGGUGAUCGGGAAGAUCGCACCUUGUUAUUCCUGCUGGUGAGGCCGAUCCCGCGGUGGUUGGUGGUGCUGGCGAAGCUGAUUGCCACGUUGCCUCUGGUGCUAGGGCUGAUCGUGGGCAGCUUUUGGGUGUAUUGCCGGCUGGCAGGGCCGGUGGGUGCGACGGCCUUCGAGCUGUAUUUGCCGGCGGUGUUUUAUAUGACGGUGGCUUAUGUGUCGCUGUUCCAUCUGUUCGCCGUUUCGUUUCGGCACUCGACGAUCAUCGCCCUGGUGUAUUCGCUUUUCAUGGAGAUUCUGAUCGGCAGCAUGCCGGGGAUUGUGAAGCGGGUGACGGUGAGCUUCUUCGGCAAGUCGAUGAUCUUCGAGAUGGGGGCCGACCACGGGCUGAAUCCCCCGAACCCCCAGUGGUUCGUGCCGAUGACGACCCAGGGGGCCGGCAUCAUGCUGGCCGUGAUUAGCCUCGCCGGCUUGCUGCUCACGCUGUUGAUUUUCUCGCGGCGAGAAUACCGCGAUUUAACGUGCACGAGGUCUGGUUCGACUUUUAUUGAAUGGAUUUGCAACGUCAUGGCGACAAACGAGUCGGUGGUUAACGAGCUGCGUUGGAAGAAGUUCCCUCUACUCGACGAAGGCUUUGUGUGCCUGGUCGAUGUAAUGGGCGACGACCAGUCGGUCGUGCAGGCGGCUCGGGUCAGCUACGGCGAAGGGACCAAGAAGGUGUCCGACGACCGGGGGCUCAUUCGCUACCUGCUGCGUCACCGUCAUACCACGCCGUUCGAAAUGGCCGAAGUGAAGCUGCUGGUUCGCGUGCCGAUGGACACAUGGCGGCAGUGGAUUCGCCAUCGUACGGCCAACGUGAACGAAUACUCCACGCGGUACUCGCUGGCCAUCGAUGCCGCGCAAACCACACCGGCCGAUGCCUGGCGAACGCAAGCGGCUUCGAACCGUCAGGGGAGCGAAGGUCAACUCGAUGUCGAACAGGGUCGUGAUCUUUCGGCGGCCGAGGCUGAGUUACAGGCCCACACGCGUCGGGUGUAUGAGCAACGUAUCGAGAUGGGGGUUGCCCGCGAGCAGGCGCGUAAGGAUCUUCCGCUGUCGACUUAUACCGAGGCUUACUGGAAAGUCGAUCUGCAUAACCUGCUGCAUUUUCUUGCGCUGCGAAUGGACAGCCAUGCCCAAUGGGAGAUUCGGCAGUAUGCGGCGGCGAUUGGGGAGGAGAUCGUCAAACCUCUGUUCCCGCUGGUGUGGGAAGCGUUUGUCGAUUACCGCAUGGAGGGGAUGUUCCUCACCCGACUCGAUCGCGAAGUGCUGGUGCGUCUGAUGGCGCGAGUUCAAGAAGCCGGCCGCGCGGUGGCCACCGACGAAGACUUCAUGGCCGUGCAAGACCCGACAUGGGAAUCGCUGACGCGGUGCCGGGAGCGCGACGAAUGCCGCGCCAAACUCGCCCGACUGGGCAUCUUCGGGCCGGUUGCUUCGCCUGAAAGUGCUGAGCAGCCGGAUGCGUCGUCGGCCAAGGGCUGA